AUGAGCAGCCCAGUGUCCGUGACUGUAUGCGAUAAAGUAUGUGUGGUGUACGUGCAGUUCCUGUCUUCGUGUGAUCAAAUAUUUGUUGUGUCUGAGUUACCGUCAUCUCGGGACGACAGGGAGGACGACCUUACAGAUGACGGACAGCUAGAAAGUUGUGCAGCUGUACCAGAUGAAGACACGGGGAUCAGCGGCAAGACACAAGAUCCCUGCGGCUCACAGAUCGACUCUUCCGGCAUUGAUUUCUUGAUUUCUUUUCAUAAGAAACUCGAGUUCUUCCGGUCCAAAGAGUCUCACCGAGCUGAGAAGAGCAGGAAAGAGGACCACAGAGAAGACCUCACUGACAGCAUAUGGCUGGAAACUCUUCCAGUUGUGUCUGACUUAUCAUCUUCAUCAUCUUCUUCCUGUGAAGCCAAUGAAGACACAGCGAUCUGCAGCUCUCAGAUCGACUCGAUUGAGCCCGAGUCAGUGGAAGAGGCUCUUCAUGAGACGGAAGCUCAGACGUCAUCAUUGACAGAAACUGACCUCGCUGUAGAGAGCUGGAUGAGGUACUACAUCGAGAACCGCUUUGAUGACCUCUUCGAUGACUCAUGGCUGGAAACUCUUCCAGUUGUGUCUGAGUUACCGUCAUCUCGGGACGACAGGGAGGACGACCUUACAGAUGACGGACAGCUAGAAAGUUGUGUAGCUGUACCAGAUGAAGACACGGGGAUCAGCGGCAAGACACAAGAUCCCUGCGGCUCACAGAUCGACACGAUUGAGCCCGAGUCAGUGGAAGAGACUCGUCCAGCUGUAUAUGAGUCAUCAUCGGAGGACGACAGUGACGACGGACAGCUAAAAAGUUAUCUAGUUGUAGAAGAUGUCCACACAUACAGCAGGACAGAAGAUCCCUGCAGGUCCCGGAUCGAAUCUUCUUGGAGAAUUUCUCUUCAUGAGACCGAAAGAAAGCGUUUGCAGGGCGUAUCUUACCUCCCGGAUGUAAUCACUGAGGACCCCGCUCCCUCAUCUCAGUCUGAAGAAGAGGUUGUGGGAAAGAAGAAAAAAUCUAAAAAGAGAAAAAGGGUCCGAGCUUUCUUCGGUAGAAUGUGGAAGAGGAUAAAACGGCCCUUCAAAAGAAACGAGUCCAGCCAAUCAUGACAGCUGGACUAAAACAUCUGUUCUGCUCUAACAAAAGAGAAGUAUAGGAAGUAUGUAUAGGGUAAGUAUGGGCUAUGAUGUGAUUUCAUCAAGUACAUUCAUGUAAACUUCAAGUAGAUUACUUAGUUAAUACAAUAUACUUCACUAGUACAUUUACCUUCUUAAACUAGUUCCCUUUUAUAAUAUUUUCA